ACCGCGCCAGCUCUGGAUUCAAAUUCCUAUGGCGUGGUCUCACCUAUUACCGCCUCGGGUCUCAUUCCCGUCAUGGUAUGAGGUGGGAUGCUUCGAAAGCACUGAGAUGGUGAAGCUUAGUUGUGUGGCAGAGCUGCUAUACACCAUACUGCCGGACGGUGUACUUUGCUAGGGAAGGUUGGAUGGAGCAUGAGCAUGGAAAUUGGGACGAGGGUUACGAUGCUGCUUGCACAUGUAAAUCUGAACUGUGCGUGAGAUACUAAGACGAUUUGUGAAAACUUUCUUGAAGAGCGUUGUUGAACAAGGUGCCGAAGCUGUCUAACCACGAAAUGAAUGAUGCAGCUUGCGGACUCCAUGGACGCUGUUAUUGAGAGCUCAUUAACUGUGGACAUGCUGAGCACACCUCAGAGGAAACUAGAAGUGAAGAGAAAGGAGUGGAAGAUGAAGUUCGCAGAAUUCAAAAGCUGCGAGCAAUCGUCGAGUAUCUACGAUGCAUACAUUUCAUCUGCAAACUCUUGUGCUCCUCCAGAGGUAAUGGAGGUCCCUCAAGUUGCAUGCCCAGGCCCCACGGAGAGUGUCAUCCUUAAGAAUCGUCCAAAGAGGGUAGGUCUCACUCCUCAACACUGGAAUCAGGUAGGGUUCAUGAAAGAUGCAGAGGCAGAACAUUUGAACCAAAGGCAGCUUACUCAAACUCACAUCACGAAAUAUACCAAAACCUCUCGAUCCUCGCAUUCUACAAAACUUGGGGUGGGCUUCAAAGUUCCUCAGAAGCACGAGAGAUGCCUAGCACCAGGAGCUGGUGUCUAUUACAUGCCAAGCCGGUCGAUUACCUCAAAAGGCUACGGACAAGCUUGCACCGUCGAGGCACUAUCACUUCUUGCAGACGUUUCUUGCAAGCUAAAGCGCACGCAUCAGCUUUCGUCCGAUCUGACUUCAACCCUUUCAGAAAAGGACUAUCACAAGAAAAAUUUCGCCAAUCCUCAUUGCAAGGAACACUACCAUGAUAAGCAUUCAAAUAAGCUACCUCUUCUUAUAAAAGAUAAUUCAUGCAAGGUUGUGCGAAAGUUGCGUACGCCUCGAAGAACAUCACUGACUAUAUUUCCAUGCCAAACCAAACCGCAAAAAAAUACCAGUCUAUCCAAGUGUGAUGAGUUAUGUUACUGCACUGAGUCGAUUAGCAGUUUGGUUGACGCAGGCAGUUUACGUAACCGUCUGCCCAUGGCUGAUGUUUCUACGAUAACUUCUACGAAAUCAGAGCUUCUUUCAGAAGACAAAUUUUCCUGCGACCAGCUGAUGUCCAAUAUUGAGGCUCCUCAAGCUCAAAGUGCAACGAACCUUGAGAGGUUCUCUAAAUCCCUGGUUUCCGUCGACAAAUCAAUAUCCAAAACCGAGGUACUUCAGGCUCAAAGUGCAACAAAUUUUGGGAGAUUCUCCAAAUCCUCGUGUCAACUUAGUGACACGAAGAAAAGAAUUCGUAGAGGAUUUAAGCGGACGGAGCGUUUCACCCUCCAAAUUCUACAGUUCAUUGGAGACUUGACUGUUCCAGAGAGGCUCAUAAGGCAGGAAUUGGGCAAUAAUCCUGAUACCAGCAAAGCCCUUAGACUAUUGGUGUCGGACCGCAAAGUCACGCGAUUAGGUACUGGAGGCAGAGGUCGAGCUUAUGAAUACGUGGCCACAGAGAAAGGACUCCUACAACUUCGUGGAUUGGAGCAAGCAGUUGAGGAAAUCAUUGAUCUGACGCCUGAAUCUGAAAGUGUCUCAUCCUCUAAUCCAGUUGCUAGCGCUACAAAUGUCUCUGAUGCUUGCGAACCUAAAGCACAGUGCCUCCGGACUGAAGAUACAAAGAUUUCAGAGCCAUUGGCAGCAGACAAAAAUGUGAGCCGGUCCUUAUCUGUGACGCCACAUUGUUUCCUAGGGUGGCAAGUGCAGGACCUAAACUCCGUCAUUCGUUCAGAAACGCUUGACCUUGAGAGAUCAGGUGUCACUGGAUGCUCAUAACGGCAGUAAAGUAAUUCGGAAAUUGGAAUCA